CACGCCGUGUAACGGUGAAAUCGGUGUAUUGGCGUGAGUUUUCCAGGGGAAUGGACAGAGUCUGACAUUCUUGUGGAUCUUUUACUUGCUUCAAAGGUUUGGGUGAAGCUGACCAGGAUGGCAUCGAGCGGACUCUCGGGCCCCACCUAUAAGAUCCACCAGGUGCCAGAGCACUUCCACGAACACUUCAUCAUUAGUGGGUACAGGCACCCCAAGAGUACUCCAAUCCAGUGCAUUCUCAGUGUGUUUGAUGCAACUAAUGAGACACUCAACUUCUGGACCCAUUUCCUGCCAUCUUGGUAUUUCUUGUGGGUGUUACGAGACCUCUCAGAGACACUGGACUUCAAGCAUGACAGUUACACAUGGCCACUACUGGGUUAUAUGUUUGUCUGCAUCAUCUUUCCUUUGGCUAGUGCUGCAGCACACACCUUUAAUACCAUGUCAACUUUGGCACGACAUAUCUGUUUCUUCAUGGAUUAUGGUGCUUUGAGUAUUUUCAGUCUUGGGGUGGCCAUUGCCUACAGAGCAUACUGUUUUCCAUCUGAUUUGAAAGACACCUGGUUUGGACAACAUUAUACAGAUAUUGCUGUGGUUAAUAGCCUGAUUUGUACUAUGGUGUCUUGCCAAACUCGCUUCAUGCCACCAACCACUCUUAGAAAAGUGCUGCGCCUUGGUGCCUUUGCCUGGCUGUACUGCUAUGACUGUAUCCCAAUUGUUUACCGCCUUCUGUUCUGUAGCCCUGAAGAUUGCACACUUCAGUCCCAGUUCAUACAUGGACGGCAGUUCUUCUUUGCUGUCCUCGCUGCUUUUUUGUAUGCUACCCACCUACCUGAGAGGCUGAUCCCUGGCCGCUUUGAUAUCAUUGGCCACAGCCAUCAGCUCUUUCAUGUAUCCUCAAUUCUAGGAGCCAUGGACCAAAUGCAGGCUAUUCUGUACGACAUGAAAGAUCGUGGGCAUCACCUUAAUGGAAGCCAGUGGGAAUUCAGCUCUGCUUGGAGCACCAUUGGCGUGAUAUUGUCAGUUAUGACUGUUAAUACCUUGGUUAUUGUUUUCUUCUCUAUUAAGUUAAAGUUAAAUCACCAUAAGGUGAAAUGAUACUGAGGCUGUAUAUUUUCCUGUUGAUUCAUAAUAUGUUCACAGCUUAUUAUAUACCGGUAAGUUCUAUGUGUAAUUGUAACUAAACAAGAUUAUCAUGGCUUAUUUUUCUAUUCAUGAUAAACAAUCAAGGACCAAUGUAUACAUACUAGGUGAUUUUGUAAAUCUGUGCAUGAAAAAACUUCUUAAAUCUAAGGAAUGACUGCAUGUGACCCAUUAACAUUGUAUUCUUGUGUACGCUGUGUUCAUAUAUAACUGUAAGUUAACAGAGAGGGAUAUUACACAAAUUUAUAUAAUUGAUGACAUUCCUGUACAUGGCUUAUACCGGUAAUAUAUAAUAAUUUUAUACAAUUUCUGCACAUACAUGUAUUGAUAAACUGAAAUUGAUUAUUUACUGUAAAGUACUUUUUCCAAUGGGUCAUAAUUCCAUGGAGUCACAAUUUCUGUUUAAUCUGCAUAAAGAAAAUUACACAUUUUUAUUAGAUUGCCAUUAUAUGCCUUAAAUGUACUUGAUGCAUACAGAGACAAAUUUCAGUACAUUAAAUUUAUGACUGCUUACAUUACAUAUAUAACAUUAUAUUAACAUUUCCAAUGUCUUUGUCCGAGAUAAAAUUACAAAUUGUAAAAAUACUUUAUUUCUACAUAAAUCUACUGGUUCAUCGAUAGGCGCGGUUAAAAAAAAUCACGUGCGGGGCGGGAAAAAAUAGAGACAGAAGCGGGGCUAUUAGCACGGGAAUUUGCAGAAUCAGGAGCAUGUAAAUAUAAGGAAUAACUGUCAGAUUUUUUGGAUUCAUGACGAUGAUCAAUCGAUUGGCUUGCGUGAUAAUUUUAUGCAUAAACACCUUCGGCGUUUAUGCAAAUUAUCAUGCAAGCCACUCGAUUGAUCACAUCAUGAAUCCAAAAAAUUAGACAGUUAUUCCUUAAAUAUAAAUAAAUACCAUGUGGAAAAAAAUACUUCUACAGUUAUCCUUAAAUUUGUGUCGUCAUAUCAAACUGCAAGUAUAAAAUUUAGAAUAUUUGAGGAAUUCACCAAGUGUACAAAUUUUUUCUGUUUUUAUAUUCCACUGAUAGACUCUUCAUCUCUUGUACCUAUAUCAUAAAAAUAUUGUGGAAGAACUUCAUGCAUCUGAUUGUGGAAGACCAACACUUAUUAGUGCUGCAGUACUGUGAUAUAUAUACAUGAUGUCAUAUUUUUAUAUAUAAUCAGUUUCCAGAAAUGGUCUUUUUGCUAUGGAUGAUUUUAAGAAUAAGCACAUAAUGUCCUUGUGUUAUAAAAUACUUCCUCUCAGCAAAAUGAAACCUUAAUGUAAAAAAAAAACAACACUCCCAGAAUGUCAUCAUUACAACAUGUUACAAUUGUAGGAAUAUAAGUUUGUAACUGGCAGACAUAAGAGCUAUAUUUCUUAUUAAGAUUUUUUUUAACCAUUCAAAUAGAUUUCCAAUUGCAAAGUUCCUACAGAAAUAUGUACAUGUAUUAAAGUAUUUAAAAAGUCUUGCAUUUAGCGAUUUAUCAAUUAUGUUAGAACAGCUGACAACUAUAGAUCUUCUAGAUACUGCCUUUGUCUUUACAUGUUUGUGUAUUGUUUACUUGUCUUUUUGUUUCAAAGCCUUCUUAUUUACAUGAUUGUGUAUUGUAUAUGACUUUUAGUUUCACUAAUGUGUACUUAGAUGUGGCUAUUCGACUUCAGCUGAUUGGUGUAUUUUUCUGAAUAUACAUAAUAUAUAUUUUAAAGUCAUACAUUUUAUUUUACUUUCUUGUUCACACAUUUCAGGUCUUUCAGAAACUGUUUUCAUAAGUUCAUAGCCGUGUUCAAUCAUUCAGGACUUUUUUUUUGAGAUCAGAUAUUAUUUUAUUGUUUGAAGUAAAAAAAAGGAGUUACCAGUUCAGUUUUGUUUCAACUUUUUUGCUUGUUGUCUGAAUGUCUAGAUAUUUGAAACAUUUUACCAAGUGUUGAAGUGUACGUUUAUCAUAUAUUCACUCACAAAGGUUACCUGCAAUCUGAAAAAGAAAAAGGGACUAAAUUAAGGACAGAUUUUUUAUAUGAAUGUCCUCAGGAGGUCAAAUACUUGUUUAACCGAUAUUGUCAAGUUUACUCAAGCUGAAUAUUAUGUUGAAACUGUGGUGCUUUAAUAAUUCUAUUCAAAAAGAUAAUGGUCUUGUUGAGUGCACCAGAAAAAAAUAUAUAUUCUUAGAGGUUUUAUAUAUAGACUUAUUUUUGCAUAAUUUAUUUGAAAACAAAAUCAGCAUUUGAAAGAAUAUGUGGCUUAAUUUUAUAAUUUUUGAUCUUGUACAAAUGGCAGUGUAUUCUUUGAUAAAUUUUGUUUCAAUGGUAAGAGAUUCAGAGAAGGGCAUUUUCCCCCCUUCCUCUUGAAAUUUACCAGUUAGGCAUCUGUCUAAAACUUCAGUGUCUUAAUUUUAUAACGACCAUUUUUUUCUUAAUAUGAACAAAGAGUUAAAAUAUUAACACUGGUAUUCAAAUUGGAAUUGAAUCAAUUUUCAUGAAAUCAUACCGGUAAGCAAUGUUACUGUAGUUAUUGUGUGGUAAGCACCUCAUGCAAUUAAGUAAUAAGUGUGUGUUUUUUAAAAUUAAAUUUCACUUGCAAUAUUGAAAAUUAUUCUGUUCAGGCAAAAUGCUGCUUAUUAAAAAUUUUAACACAAAAAUUAUUAAUAAAAUUCUAAAUACUUAAAACUUUUCAUUUGUAAUAAUAGAGUGUCUAUUGAUGUAUAAAAUCUAUGUGUUUAGUUCUAUAUAUAUAUAUAUUGACCAAAGAGUUAUAUAUAUUGUCAGAACUUUUUUGGAUAUUAAUUUUGUUUUGUUUUUUAUUAUAAUUUAUUUCAGUCAUAUUAUUUUAUAUCAUUUUCACAAGAGACCAACAGUUAGAAUAUACAAAUUUUAAAAAUACUCUGUGUGAUAAAAUUAAAUUGCACGUGCUUAUAAAGAUAUUCAGUAGAAUAUGAACAUUUAGCAGUGGACAAUAUUCAACUCAAUAUUUCUUAAAUAAUGGUCAGGUAUAUGAAUAAUCCUUUCAUUUUACCAUCAACACAGAUGUACUAAGGUUUAGAGAAUGUUGAAGACAGUUUAUUAUUAUGUAAAGUUAUAGAAUGCAGUAUAUUCAAGCAUAGUUAAGGUUCCACACUGAUUGUAUAGUGCAAUGACAUUCUGUAGUUGUGGCUUGGCACUCAUAUAUUCUUUGCAAUGUUCCUUGUUGAUUUUUUGUUUCAAUUUUAUGUUAUGCUUUGCAAAUAUUGUAAUAAAUUUUGUAAAAGUA